UUCGAGGAACUAGAAGCUGCGAAUGUUUCGACUCGUUCGACUGAUUGGUUCAUCAUCUGGCAAUCGACAUCGCUUUGAGAACACGAAGUUGAAAGUUUAACGAAAAUCGGGAGAUAUCAUUCGCUCAAAAUAUUCUCUGCUUUUACUAAAUGUCAUUAUGUACGCGAAUAUUUGGUUAUGUGAGUGUGUAUUCGGUUUGGCUGGUUUAGCUGCACCUCCUUUGCGAUAAAGUCUGAUUCCGGCCUGAGGGAAGAGGAAAAAAGUGCUGGUGGUGCAAGUGUGAGGUGGACGGCGGGCUCAUCUAUUCGAGAUGGCGCUCGUGUUUUGUUUUGGCGGGAAAGUUGCGCGGCAAUUUCUGGUUCGUUGUCUGUAUUCGUCUUCAUUGGUGUCAUUCCCUCAUUGUCGAGCUAAAAGAUCAAGAAUCGUUACUUUCCAAACUGCAUUUUCGUCAAGAACCACUGCAAUCGCACACUGUAUCAGGUCACACGAACGUUGAUAUUCGAUUUGUUGAUUCAGGAGUCAGCUGGUUUCGAAUCAAAGGAAUAAAUAUCUCGUGCAAUAAUCCCUUGGUAAAAAGGCUCUUGAAGCCUUCAUCAAAAUGUCUAGUUCUAUUGGUAAAUUGUACAAACGUCCCUUCACUGUGUGCGUAGAAGGCAACAUUGGAAGUGGUAAAACGACAUUUUUAAGUCACUUCAAGAAAUUCGACAAUGUUACUGUAUUAGAAGAACCUGUUGAACUUUGGCGUGAUAUGCGUGGGACGAAUCUACUGGAAUUAAUGUACAGCGAACCAUCUCGCUAUGCUUUCUUGUUUCAAUCUUACGUACAAUUGACUAUGCUCCAAUUGCACACUUGUAAGACACCUUCGCCAUACAAAAUCAUGGAGAGGUCUGUCUAUAGUGCAAUGUGCUUCGUUGAAAAUUUGAAACGCAGUAAUAUAUUACGUGACGUUGAAGUUACAAUAUUAGAAAAUUGGUAUGACUGGUGUUUGAAAAAUGCCAAUAUAGAAACUGACUUGAUAGUAUACUUGAGAACAACACCUGAGAUCGUAUACGAGAGAAUGAAACAACGAGGUCGAAAAGAAGAGACCGCUGUCUCGUUGGAGUAUCUGAAGCAAAUCCAUCAGGUCCAUGAUGACUGGCUCUAUCAUCAAAUUUUGAAGCCAUUGCCAUCACCGGUUAUAACGAUAAACGGUGAUCGAGAGCUUCAUGAAAUGGUGGAGGAAUUUGAUAAAUGUAAAAAUGAAAUCUUCAGCAAGGUAAUAGACGAUAGCGAUGUAAAUAAUACAAUGAUUACGGUAUCCACAAAUCACGUGCUGCCCAAAAUUAAAGCUGUUUCAGAUUAAAUCUUAAAGUAAAUAAUUAAUUUAAAUACGAUCGAAGCAAA